AUUCAAAAUUUUAUUUUUUAAAAACAUUAAUUAUUUGUAAAUAGAAAGAGUAUUUAUAUAGGUAUUUUUCUAAGACGGGGGAAUACAUCAUAUAGUGUUUAGAGUAAAGUUAUAUUAGGUUGUUUAUGUAAUUUUGUUUUUAACAAAUAUGUAUUGUUAAACUUCCCUCACCUUGUAUAGUUUGUAGAAAUGUUAUAUUUAAUAUUAUGUCUUCCUCUUACAAAUCACAGAUAUAUGCAUGGAUGGACAAAUGGGGUGAUUAGACAAAUGGAUUUGAUAUUAUUUCUCUUUACACACCUUAUGAACUGUUAAACCCCUCGACCAGCGGUUUUAACUAUUUUCUUUAACCAUUUUGUUUUUAGGUGAAUCUUAUUUUAGACUAUGAAAUCCAAAGCACUUAUCCAUUUGUUUUUCACUGUAAUGACCAAAAAAACAAACUCACACAAUUAUCAAAAAAUCCAGCAAGGUCCAACAAAAAAAAACUAACCUCCAAAGGUCUUUAUAAAUUGAUCACCAUUCACAUUUCAAGCAAUCAAAACACAAGAAACAGCCAAAAAACAUGUCGACUUCUAAAACCAUUGCCUUCAUCACUCUAUUCCUCGCGACAACACUAUUCGCGUCCUGCAACGCAGCCGCAAACGCCACAACCAAACCUCUAUUCCCAGCCAUUCUAAUCUUCGGCGACUCGACCGUGGACACAGGCAACAACAACUACCCUCUAAACAUCUUCAGAGCUACACAUUUUCCCUACGGCAUUGACCUCCCAGACCACAAAGCCAACGGGAGAUUCUCAAACGGGAAACUAAUCCCCGACAUACUCGCAGGCAAAUUCAACAUCAAACAGUUUGUUCCUCCUUUCUUACAACCAAACCUCUCCGACCAAGAGAUUGUAACCGGAGUCUGUUUUGCAUCAGCCGGUUCGGGUUACGAUGACCUAACCAGCCUCUCCACUCAGGCCAUUCCCGUCUCGGAACAACCUAAGAUGUUCAGGAAUUACAUUGCUCGUCUUAAGAGUAUCGUGGGAGACAAGAAAGCUAUGGAGAUUAUAAACAACGCUUUGGUGGUUAUAAGCGCAGGGACUAACGAUAUGGUCUUGAAUUUUUAUACCAUUCCUACAAGGCGUCUUGAGUUUCCUUUUAUCUCUGGUUACCAUGAAUUUAUACUUAAGAGGCUUUAUGGUUUCAUCGGGGAGCUUUAUAGUUUAGGUGCCCGGAACAUUGCGAUCGCAGGUUUACCUCCGAUUGGUUGUUUACCGAUUCAAAUGACUGCUAAGUUCCGCAACAUCUUUAGGUUCUGCUUAGAACAAGAGAACAAAGACUCUGUGGUAUACAAUCAGAAACUUCAAAAGCUAUUGCCUCAGAUCCAAUCAUCACAUACUGGAAGCAAGAUCUUUUACGCUGAUAUAUACAACCCUAUUUUUGACAUGAUGCAAAACCCUAGCAAAUACGGGUUUACAGAGACGAAGAGAGGAUGUUGUGGAACAGGUUUUCUGGAGACGAGUUUCAUGUGUAAUGUUUUCUCUCCAUCGUGUCCGAAUCACGCUGAGUUUUUGUUCUUUGACUCCAUUCAUCCGUCUGAAGCUACCUAUAAUUACAUAGGAGACUUGCUCGACACUCAGGUCCGUGAGUGGAUUGCGGCUUAAGUCAUCAUCACAGAUUCGUAAAAACAAAAGUAUUUUUAUUUGUUUUUAAUGCUAAUAUUGUAUUAAUGUACUUUAUAUUGGCCAACCAAAAAUAUUGCGAAUGUAGUUCUACUUUCUGCAAAUCUUUCCAAGUAUUGAAAUGCUUUGGCAGAUUCUUGAAGUAGAAACUUUACCUAAACAUAUAUAAUCUCCUGAUUCCUCUCUUAUCCCAUUACACACCAUCCCUCUUCAAGGCUUUGCUUACAUUGUAGGCAUGCUAAGAUCUUCUGCUCAAUAGUGGAGCUAACCUGUAACCAAUCAAUAGAGAUGUCAACGAAAAAUGAAAUUGGUAUUGUUUAAUGUAUGAAAUGGGAAACCGAUGUAAACCAGAUAGAAAAGCCUUGAUUGAUGCUGCGUAGGUACUGUACUCAUGUUGACAUUAUGUCACCGUCCUAGUUUUAAUCAAGUAACACAUGUUUCUGAAUUAUAUAUACGACAGCACAACAAAAUAAUCAAGAAAACUUUGAUCCAAAAUUUUAUUUGAGAUAAACUAUGUUGUGGUAAAUAAUCCAGAAAAAAAACAUAUUUUAAUCUGGUAGUGUUACAAAAAAAAAAAUCUGGUAAAAGAAAUACUUGAAUCUAAAUAAUUUGUCGGGAAUUGUUGUAAAUUUGUAAUUCUUUUUUUUUUACAAUUUUUGUUGUAAUUCAUAUAUUCAUCUUAAUUUACAUUGGAUGUAACUUCGUGAAAUUAAAUGGCUACUUUGUCCACGCAAAAAAUGGUUACUUUGUCUUAAAAGUGCAGAAAAGAAGUAAAAAUCAAAAUUUGUUUUUUCUUUUCUCAAAAAUCAUUUCUCAGUGAUACAAGUCUACAUUCUAUAUCCAUCCAGUUAGUAAUAAUCGCAACGGAUCCAAUCUUCGUUAGAUUUAUUAAUGAGAACAUACAAAACGGCAGCAGAUUG